AUGAACAGCAUCAAGAGCGUCCCGGCGCGAGUGCUCAGCCGCCGCGGAGGCCAUAGUCUGGAAGCGGAGCGGGAGCAGUUCGACAAGAAUCAGGCCAUCAGUAUCAGCAAAGCCAUAAACACACAAGAAGCUCCAGUGAAGGAGAAACAUGCCCGUCGGAUCAUCCUGGGGACACACCAUGAGAAGGGAGCAUUCACCUUCUGGUCCUACGCCAUUGGGCUACCCCUGCCCAGCAGUGCCAUCCUCAGCUGGAAGUUCUGCCAUGUCCUGCACAAGGUCCUGCGUGAUGGCCACCCCAAUGUCCUCCAGGACUGCCAGAGGUACCGCAGCAACAUCCGAGAGACAGGGGACCUGUGGGGACAUUUGCAUGACAGGUACGGGCAGCUGGUGAACAUCUACACACGGCUCCUCCUUACCAAGAUCUCCUUCCACAUUAAGCAUCCUGAGUUUCCCCCAGGCCUCGAAGUGUCAGAUGAGGUGCUGGAAAAGACUGCGGGGACAGAUGUGAACAACAUCUUCCAGCUGACGGUUGAGCUGUUUGACUAUCUGGACUGGGAGCUGAAGCUGUCAGAGUCAGUUUUCAGGCAGCUCAACACCUCAAUGGCCGUCUCUCAGAUGUCGGCCGUACAGUGCCGCCUGGCCCCCCUCAUCCAGGUCAUCCAGGACUGCAGCCACCUCUACCACUAUGCUGUCAAGUUGAUGUUCAAGCUGCAUUCCUGUCUGCCAUCCGACACGCUGCAGGGCCACCGAGACCGUUUCCAUGAGCAGUUUCGCAGCCUCAAAAACUUCUUUAAGAAAGCAUCUGACAUGCUGUAUUUCAAGCGGCUCAUCCAGAUCCCCCGGCUGCCAGAGAGCCCCCCAAACUUCUUGCGGGCGUCGGCGCUGGCUGAGCACGUGAAGCCAGUAGUUGUCAUCCCCGAGGAGGCUCCUGAGGAUGAAGAGCCAGAGAACCUAAUUGAGAUCAGCACGGCUUCCACCACAGAGCCACAGAUCACCUCAGACAUAUUUGAUCAAACCUUUGGGCCACCCAACGGCAUUCGAGAUGACAGGGAUGCCCAGAUCGAGAGCCUGAAGAGGGAGGUGGACAUGCUCCAUGCAGAGAUGGAGAAGAUUAAACUAGAGGCUCAGCGCUACAUCACGCAGCUCAAGGCACAGGUGAACAGCCUGGAGGGUGAAGUGGAGGAGCAGCGCAAGCAGAAGCAGAAGGCACUGGUGGACAAUGAGCAGCUGCGGGAUGAGCUGGAGAGGCUGCAGAAGGUGAAGCAGGACAGCGACAGGUCCCAGCGGCUCUGCGCCGAAGCAGAAAAGAAAGCCAAUGCCACUGAGAUCCGCUACACGAAGCUGAAGGAGAAGCACAGUGAGCUCAUCAACACACACGCCGAGCUCCUGAGGAAGAAUGCUGACACUGCCAAGCAGCUGACAGUCACACAGCAGAGCCAGGAGGAGGUAGCACGGGUCAAGGAGCAGCUGGCCUUCCAGGUGGAGCAGGUCAAGCGGGAGGCUGAGAUGAAGCUGGAGGACCAGAGUGUGCAGAUGGAGCAGCUGAGGCAGGAGCUGGAUGCCCGGCGGGAUGAGCUGGACCAGGCGCAGCGCUCGCUCAGCCACGCCAAGCAGGCAGGUGCAGAGCUCAGUGCCCAGGUGGAGGCCCUGCAUGCUGAGAAGGAGGUGCUGAGGCGGUCAGUGAGUGAGAAGGAGUGCGAGCUGCUCUCCACGCGUGGCCUCGUUGAGGAGAAGGAGCUGCAGUUGAGCCAGGAGGCAGACAAGGCCACGAGGGAGAUCUGUGAGCUGCAGGGCAGGCUCCUGGAGAAGAGCAACCAGGAACAGAGCUUACAGCAGAAACUGCUAGAUGAGCAGUUCAACAUCCUGCAGGAGACAGUGCGGGAGGCAGAGGACAUCCUCCGUGAUGCGGUGGCCAAGCUGGAUGACCCACUGCACGUCCGCUGCACCAGCUCCCCAGAUUACCUGCUCAGCCGGGCACAGGCGGCGCUGGAGUCCACGGAUGCCCUGGAGAUUGGGCACGCGCAGUAUGUGGCCUCCAUGGCAGAUGCUGCAGGGCUGGUGGGGGCUCUGGCGCUCUUCGCACACCUCACAGCUGACACCAUCGUGAAUGGCAGUGCCACGUCCCACCUGGCUCCCACAGACCACGCUGACCGGCUGAUGGAGAUGUGCCGGGACUGCGGGCAGCGGAGCCUGGACUACCUGGGUGAGCUGAAGGACAAGCAGACCCUGGGGCAUGCUGAGCUGGCGGAUGUGCGGCAGGCACUGCAAGGGGUCCUGCAGCUAGCCCAGGAGCUGAGGCCCAAGAGCUUAGAUAUCAAGCAAGAAGAGCUGGGAGACAUGGUUGAGAAGGAGAUGGCCUCCACCUCGGAGGCAAUAGAGGAUGCUGUCAGGCGGAUAGAGGAGAUGAUGAGCCAGGCCAGAAAUGAGAGCUCUGGUGUUAAGCUUGAAGUGAACGAGCGGAUUCUGAACUCCUGCACGGACCUCAUGAAGGCUAUUAGACUUCUCGUAUUGACAUCUACGAACCUACAGAAGGAGAUAGUAGAAAGUGGCCGGGGGGCAGCAACAACACAGGAGUUUUACGCCAAGAACUCGCGCUGGACCGAAGGGCUGAUCUCUGCCUCCAAGGCGGUGGGCUGGGGAGCCACACAGCUUGUGGAGUCAGCAGACAGAGUUGUCCUGCAUACAGGCAAAUAUGAGGAACUGAUCGUCUGCUCCCACGAAAUCGCCGCCAGCACAGCCCAGCUGGUGGCAGCCUCCAAGGUGAAAGCUGAGAGGAGCAGCAAGAACCUGAUCCGGCUCCAGGAGUGCUCACGCAACGUCAAUGAGAUGGCAGCUAAUGUGGUGGCUUCCACCAAGUCAGGGCAAGAGCAGAUUGAGGAGAAAGACACCAUGGACUUUUCAGGCAUGUCCCUCAUCAAGCUGAAGAAGGAAGAGAUGGAAACACAGGUGAAGGUGCUGGAGCUGGAGAAGCGUCUGGAGGGCGAGCGGGUGCGCCUGGGCGAGCUGAGGAAGCAGCACUACGCCCUGGCUGGGACCUAUGACUCUACGGAGGAUGGGGAGGCGAAACCAGCGCCAGCCCCUAGACGAGGCAUCCUCAAGAAGCCCCCCUUAGCCCAGAAGCCUGGGCACAGUGAGCCUGAGCAAGACGCUGGCACAUACCCACCUCACAGGGUCAACUUCUAG